AUGCCUAAAGCCAAAACAGACCCUUUGGUAUGUACGGCACCAAUGCUUGAAGACCAAUUAUAUAUACUCUGCUGCCUAUUUGCGGCUAACUCAGACUCCAGCAGAAUUGUGGAGCUAGCAUUGGGUCAAAAGCGUUUACCUCUGGUAGAUAUUUUGGAAAUUGUGUGUGUCCUAUGGCCAGAGCUAGACGACCCGCUAAAACUGAGAGUCUUCGUGGAUGGAAUUGAUCAGAAGCCUGUAGAAAGGCUGGGCCUCAUAGAAUCUCUUCUCAACGGCGAGGAAGAGCUUAUAUCUGCCGUGGAAGCAGAUUCGGGAAUGUUGACAAGCAGGCGGAGCGCCUUGCAAUCGUAUAUCGCCAGUCAAAUUGAGCACACGGCAGCUAAACUGGACCCUUCCGAUCUGCGCAAUUCAUUUCUAAAAGCGCGCGUGUUACAUUGUAAUACGACUGUGGAGGAUCCGCUAUUCUAUAAACCUCUCUGGAAAUUCCUAAAUACCACUGACUUUAAAGCAUUCAACAGUUGGAUUUCAGGCAUCGUCAAGCCAUUGGCACAUUUCAGCAAACGAUGUAACAAGUUUCUUUCGAUUGGCGAUUUUCAAACGUCAUCCACUUCCCAAGUCCUCGAAAUGAUGUGGAGCUCUGUCGCCAGCCAUGAAGUCAAAGACUUUCGGGCCGUUCUAACAUAUGAGAUUGAACCGUAUCUUAACUACAAAGGUGACUACGACAGUUUUCUGAAUGUUAUUUUAAAUGCGCAAAACUUUCCAUUAGAUACCCUGUCGAACUACAAUCUUUACAAAGCGGUUACUUUGGAAAUGGCAGGUCAGAUGGACGAGCGAUUCCUCACUAUCUUUCAAAAACGGGUGCUUACUAUUUUAUAUGACAAUGGGGGGUCUCUUGUGCAGCUGCAAAAUGUUGAUGUGCCGAGGGAACAUGCAUUGAUCCUAUCAUCGAUUAAGGACGAGUCUGGAAUUCAUAAUAUAAACUUGGUAACGCUUGAGGCGUAUUCGAGAUCCAUGAAAGCAUUGCAAAUAUUCAAUUUAAAAGACAUUGAAAAACUGAGGAACGAUACUGAACUGUCACAAAGAUCUUACUUUUCCACGAUGUGCAAGCUGCUGUUGCAGUAUGGCUCUCCUAAUGAAGCACUCGAAAAAUUGGAGUCUUUUUUGCCGGAAAAUAUGAUAUAUUGCAAACUCGACACAAAAACAAAAGAACUCAUAAUAGUAGAAUCGCUAUUGGCAUCUGGGAAUUUUGAUCUGCUGCAACAAUUUAUCUCUGGAUCUGGAAUUAACUUAGAAGACACUGUACUUCUUAAAUUCUUUUGGAACUUUUUCAACUCUGCGUCCAACGGUGGCCGCGAAAGGCCAUCAAUGGUCAAUGCCAGAACAAUUUUGAGUCUUCUUCCGAAGGGUCGAUAUGCACAUCUUAAUGAGUUGCUCAACGUUGUUCAAAAACUUUCUGAGUACUCAUUGAGCCUCUCUAGGGGUGUUCCCUUUAAGCCUUCUAACCUAACGGAAUAUGCUGCCCAACCAUUCGACAUAAUUUCGAAGCUUUUAGAAUUGAAUAAUAUUCUUAGGCGGAAUAUUGAUGAAACCUUUGACAUUCUCAAAGGCAUGUAUUCAGGCCUUCAACUAGCACCAUCUUCCCCUGAUUAUUACAACGAGUACACCAGAAUACUAGUUUUACACAUUGACUUUGCCCUCGCUAACUUUGACUUCGACUUUGCAUUUCAUCAGACGAAUAGGCUUCUUCAAAGAAUUGACUGCAGAGAAUAUUGGUCGACGAUUCUGCAGGUGGGCAAAUAUUUCGAUCCCAAUUGGAUGGAUAGUGAGAUCCCCACCGAAGUUAUCUAUCUUCAACUUGAUAUUUUGGGCAAGUUACUGCACGUAUGCCCUGAAGAUGAAGUUGAGGCUGUUGUCUCGCAAUGGAGUGGGUUAGAGCUCGAAUUAUCUACAAGGGACCUCGUUAACGAUCCAUAUUCAUUGACGCACCAUAAUUCAAGUGAGGAAUUUAAAGACCGGAUUCUCGAAGAGCUUUCGACCAGCGCUUCAAACUUUUUGUCAAGCGGCGUAAAGUGGGCAAUUGGGAAACACAAUGACGUGGCUUGA